CGACGAAUCUCCUUUUGCCGCCAUCUUCCCUCGUGCCGAUUUCGCGUGCAGGCAUAUUUAUUGAAAUCUCUGGUUCAAGCGGGCUAAUCGAUAACAACAACAAUGGCAGAUCCAGAAAAGGCUAUGCUCGUCGAGAAUGAGAACGCUGAAGAGGCUGGUGAAGGGGACGCCGCGCCCACUGUUCCUGAAAUGGAGACAAUUGAAACACAGGGAGCAAGCAGAAUGGCAAAUUUUUCUGGUGGUCUGAGCAGCGAGGUGGCCCAACUCAUGCAGAGUCCCGAGAUGCUCGCCGCGGUCCAGGACAGACUGGCAGGCAUGGUCGGCCUCUCCAGUGGAUACAUUGAAAGUCCGUGGCUCUUUCAGGCAUACAGUUUGCCAAAAGUUGUCAAACGCCGAAUCAAAGCGCUGAAGAAACUCCAGUUUGAAGUGACCAAGAUCGAGGCCGACUUUUAUGAGGAGGUUCACCAACUGGAGUGCAAGUACGCCUCCAAGUAUUCAACCCAUCAUGAUAAGCGACGGGAGGUGUUGACUGGUGCGAUCGAGCCGACAGACUCUGAUUGUGAUUGGCCGAGUGACACAGAAGACGAGGACGAGACCAAGCUCGCAGGCGACUCAUUCCAGGAUGAGAUGAAGAAGACAAAGAUAGCAGAAGAUGGGGAGAAGCCGGCCGAAGAUGGAAAGGACGGUGAGAAGAAGGAAGAGAAGAAGGAAGAGAAUGCUGAGGAAAAGAAAGAGGAAGAAAAUCCAACUGGUAUUCCGUUCUUCUGGCUGACAGUGUUCAAGAACGUGGAGAUGUUGGCUGACAUGAUCCAGGAGCAUGAUGAACCGAUCAUCAAGAACCUCCAAGAUAUACUAGUCAAGUAUCACGACAAGGAUCCCUACGGCUUCACUCUAGAGUUUCACUUUGCGCCAAACGACUUCUUCACGAAUAACAUCUUGACGAAAGAAUACACUCUACGAAUGCAGCCGGAUGAGACCGAUCCGUUCUCGUUUGAAGGACCGGAAAUCAUCAAGUGUAAAGGCUGUACCAUAGAUUGGAAGAAGGGUAAAAAUGUCACGGUAAAGACGGUAAAAAAAACACAAAAACACAAGGGAAGUGGAUCGAAACGAGUGGUCACCAAACAAAUACAAAAUGAUUCAUUCUUCAACUUCUUCACUCCACCAAAAGAAACUGAGGGUGAAGAGGAGGCUGAUGAAGACAACGAAGCAAUCCUGGCAGCCGAUUUCGAAAUCGGUCACUUCAUCCGCGAGAGGAUCGUACCAAGAGCUGUGCUCUAUUUCACCGGAGAAGCUCUCGAUGAUGAUGAUGAGUACGAAGAAGAAGGUGAGGAGGAAGAGGAUGGGGACGAGGAUGGACAAUAUGAUGAGGAUGCCGACGCUGAUUUCGUGCCAAGCCCUCCUGGAGGCCACUGUAACCAUCACAGGGACAGGCACGCCAGGAGACACCAGCACAACUAUGGCUACCCAGAUCACCAUUGCUGUUGUCCCGACUUUCACUAAUUCCUCCGUCUUAGCAAUUUCAUCAAGGUAGACCCAGGGGAACAAGGGUGGCAACCCUCAAGAGUGCAAACAGCAAUAAUUAGACAGUCGCCAUUGACAACAGGAAAGAUCAGUCGCAGAUAAUCAUGUCGCUCCAUCGAGAGAUCCCGCGUCUUCUGACGUUGCGAGACCAGACGUCAGGUGGAAGCUCUCUAGUCAAAUAGAGGUGCAUAAAUUAUGAGACAUUGUUGUGUAAAUAUUGAGAGUGGGGCCAAUAUUUUAUUUUUAUACACGGACUGGAAGGUCGCAUUGAGUGUAGGUCGCGGACAUUGUCUUGAACUCAUGCUCGUUCUGUAGAAAUAUUGAAUAUGCCAAAUAAUCCUUAUUUUGGACCAAUUUGAUGAGACAAUUUGGCAGAAAAUACUCCAAAAUCCAGUUGAAAUACUAUUUGGACGUUUUUGGGUUAGGCAGUCCUGGGCGUUAUAUUGCUCAAAGCAUGUUAGAGAAUCUCUUCCUUCUGGCCUGGACGCUUCAUCAUACCAAAUGAUACGCAUGAAUGCCAAUUUGCAUAUUCAGAUUGAGCAGACGUGUUCAUGACAAUGUCCCUUGUUUGCUCCACUGUUGGUGAUCUCAGGAACUGCGGCCAGGAUUGAACUGGCGCAGGCAGUUGCUGUGCUCGUGAAAUCCUACGUAGCUCAAUGUCAUUUGAUUCCCCAUCGGCGGUAUGUCCGGAUCUAACUGACUAUACUGCCGGUGUGGGUACAUUUAUAUUUGGGGUUGUCCAGGAUCUAACUGGCGCAUCGAGGAGUGGAUAUAUGGGCUGGUUAGAUUGGAGCGUUCCUAGGUGGCGCCAGCAAAUUGGUUUUCAAUCCAUUUAUGUGCUACGGGAUUGGAAAGUAGUGAAGUUUGAAAAAGAUGCAUUUUGAAUUUGUAUUCGUUGAAAGGGCUUGAUCGGUGUUCUCCGUGGUAAAAUGCCGCAUUUUGUCUGAGACGACCCGUUAUUGUUAAGUGACAAGUGUGGAGAGCUAUUUGUCUGGCUACUCUGCCUGGACAAAAAGUCUAGUGGAGAACCCAGUGGUUGCUGUUGCAUGGGAUAAAUGACGAUGUCAAACUUUUUGCUGGCUUGACUUUGUGAGUGCUCCAAUUCGUGUCCGAGUCCCUCCCGAUUAAUCAGAGACUUGUACUCAGGGUACGAAGGUCUGGGAUCAGUUAAGGGCUUUUAUAUUCAACCAUGUUACGCCGAUGACAUCUGACGGUCAUGUCAGGCUCGCUGCAGCUGUUACUAAUGUGAUAAUGAAUCUGGCCCGACAGAUCAGAAGUGUAUUUUGAUAAUAAAUAUGUUAUUCCAUUGCUGAACCCCAUAACCCCAAGUUUUUGUAAGGGAUUUAUUUGAGGUUCAACGUGAUAUCAUGAGGGCAAUGAAUUUUAUCAUCGCCGGAAACAAAAUGGCGGUAAUCAGGACUGAACUGGUUUAGACCGCCUUUCUGUUAAAAAUCUUCCACGGAUGGUUAGUUUGUCAUGUGUGAUUUGACAAGAGCGAACGACAUUCAGUAUGCAUUUAUCAUUGUAAUGUUGACGGCCGUGGGUCUGAGAAUAGCGAUUGUGACAAUAUUAAAAGCAUUACGCAAGAACGCAUAGAAACAAUGUUUCUGACGUUGCAAUUAAAGAAUGCUGAUGAUGUCGUCGAUCACGGUAUUUCAGUUUGAACUAAUAACCUGUAAGAUGUAGGUACGAGGUUGGUUCCCAUCGAAAAACUGAAUGCCUGCCUUUCUUGACCUGUGGCUGCGUUAAGUUAUGAAAAAAAGCUGAAGACUUAUGUCUAGGUAAUGUCUUUUGGACAAGAAAUUGUACGUAAAGACGUUUACGCCAAAAAAAUUAUGAGUUGAUUUGUGCUGGUCUUUCUGAUCAAGGCACGUCUCCAAUCUGGAGUGUUGCCUCGGACCGAUCCAAAAUUCGCCCAUUUUAUUAAAAUCAGCACCAUCCAGUUUUUCAAGAUCUGUGCGGUGCAUCUCGCUUUGAGUACUUUAAGACGUUUCAGAAUAAGAUCUCGGCGUCGAUUGUCACCUCGGUACUUUGAUCGAGAUGCGCAGCACCAAAACUAGUUGAGUGCGGAAUGGGUUAAUAUUGGGUCGGUCCAUUAUGUAUAGGACCCAAGUCUGAUGUAGUGUUGAUGAAAUGAAUUAUACUUAGAGUAAUUAACUUGUCCAACAUGUUUUUCCUGUUCAUAUUUUUGUGAUAUUUUUUUCCAUCAUGUUUUUGCUUAAGUGUGUCUGCAACAUUGGCUGCGUGAACAUGUCCGUCUAGAUUAGGAAAUAGAACACGCAUUGUAGCGCCACCUAUGAAUUUGUUGACUAAGGUUCUGAUAUAAUUUCUAGGAAUGCGUGGAACCUUACUUGACAAAAUGAAACAGUCCACCAAAGAAUGUUAGAAAUUCCAUGUCCAUGUCAUUUCAUGAUUUGCUUUAGUGUAUUGUAUUCGGUCACAGCCAAAAGGGGGCAGCAGCGAUGGGGUGGUUGUUUAUCUUGACCUCCUUGGGUUUCAUUCAGCAUGUUAGAAGGAGUUAGAGACGAGAGCUGCUUAGUCACAAUUUUCCAUCCAAUAUUCGCCCUUCUACUGCUGUCCCUUUUAGAAACACCCCCUUAAUUUAGUUCUGAAUUUAUUUUAAAUGUUUCUUUUUUGUGUGAUGGGUUUAUUUCAAUUUAUGACAUUGUUGUUAGAAACUUUUGACGAUUUUUCAAAUUAGUAGUAAAUUUCAUGACAAUUUUUGUAUAAAAUGACUCCUUGGUGUCUUCAAAAAUGUCUCCUUCAAACGAUUUUGAUGGCCUUAAAAACUAAUUUUAGGGUCAGGGUACAUGUAUCUGUCGUACUGUGCUAUAAAUAGUCCUCAGUUCAACCUUUACACCCCACAGCCCUGAGUGGACACUGUCCAAAAUAGGCUUGAUGGCAUUUACUGGAAGAGUCCAUUCAUGAAAAUGGGGAUGAAACGGUCUUGAAAAUGUUGCUAUUUUCCAAUGUUAGUGCUUCAUUUAGUUGUUAACCCUCCAUGCACUGCCAGUGCCUUUCUUAGAUGAAUAUGUGCUCACUCCCUAUUCCACCUUGUCAAUGUAUGUACAUGUGUUUCGAUAAAUUGUGUUGAGGUGCCUUUGCAACAGAAAUCUUUCUUCUGACAAGGGCGCUAUGGAUAUAAAUUAGGUACUUACGUUGCAUUACAUGUAUAUUUUAGUUGAUCUAUUUUGACACCUGCAUUUUGAAAUUGCUUAAAAACGGAAUUACGUUGUUUGAGUAUCAGUUGCCAAGUAGCCAAGAAUAAGGAAAAACGUCAAAUCUAAAAAGACAGGAUAAGAAAUCUAUGAUUCCUUGUCGUUGGCGCUGAUCUAAAGUUCUGGGACGUCCUUCUACUGUUCUUAAUCCUGACUGCUGCUCUUCACAAUUUACACAAGGUAUCAAAUUUCUUCCCAUGAUGUUUUCACAAGUUUGAUAAAAAAUGUUGGCAGUUGACUAAAUGUUUACUCUUUCACAGAGGGAUAGAUAGGCUUUGCUCACUUGCGCUUAACGUUGGAAUUUUUGACGGCUUUCUCCGCUUAGACGUCUAAAGAUUUGUGAAGAUAGUCUGCCUUAUUUUGAGUAAGAAGAAUGUUAAUGUUUACUGUUCCUUUUGAGUUCCAAUCGUCCAAAAUGAUGCAGGCGAUCAAAAAUUUCAUCAAAUUUUCUGAAAAUGCAGAUUCAGGGCCUAUGGCUUAAAAACAGUUGCCCAUGUGUAGGACCUGAAUCGGCAUUUUCAAGCAUGUUCUGAAAAUUGGAUGAGUCAAUUUGAUCGUGUGUGGCUUGCAUUGGUCUGGUCACAUUUCUUAAUCCAGAUUUCCUAAUCCAGAUUUCACCUAAUGCGACAUUGAACAGAUUGUAGCUGCUAUUUGAGGUGCUCCAACGGGAGCAAAAGCAUACAUAUCUAUGAAGCAGUUCUUGAAAACUCUGUUUGUAGUUGCGUCGUUUGAAGCUUUGAACGGUAAAUCCAGGUCAACCUGUCCUAAUUUACCUGGCAGUUAUGGCUUAUGUUAACGCUUUGAUGCCUUACGGCUUGUGUACAAUGUAUUUUCCGUUUUGAAAUGAACUUUGUUGGAAAUACUUCACUGUGGAUACAAUACAACCAUUUCCAAUGAA